CUUCGUCAACGUCAACCAUAGUAGUUGAUGAGACAUUUAUCAGUAGAUAUUAAAACAAAGAUAUGCAACUUACGAACACCAGAAAGAGAAAGAACUUUGGCUACAAAUAUACAAAUAAGGACUUGACAUUCAAUCUAAACAAAUAAUCUAACCACUUUGGAGUUUGGUUAUUUUGAUCACUAGCUACAAUGGCAUACGACGGUGAUGUUGUUGAGAUCAAUAUUGAGGAGAUGCUGAAGGGGGCAUGGGCACCCGUAAUUACUGAGUGUUGCAUCUACAAAGUGCCGUUUAGUAUCCGAAGACACAACGAAGAAGCCUACACCCCAAAGGUUAUUUCUAUUGGCCCUUUUCACCACGGCCAUCCUCGCCUCCGAGACAUGGAGGAACACAAAAUCUAUUACUCCAAGGCUUUUCUCGAACGAUCUCAAACAACUUUGGACAGUUUUAUCGGAUGGAUUGAUGAGAUGGAGCCCAAGUUUCGUCGCUGUUAUUCACACACUCUUGAGUUCAGCAAGGAGCAACUCGUCAAAAUAAUCUUUGUGGAUUGUGCUUUUAUACUUGAGCUCUUCUGCAGAGACCAUGAUCAAGGAUUGAACCAGGACGUGAUGUGUCUUUCUAUCCCUCCUUUGAGGGAUAGUAUACAGUAUGAUUUGUUGUUACUUGAGAACCAGGUUCCUUUUUUUGUUCUUCAGAGUCUCUAUAAUCUGUCCUUCCGUUUACUGAAUGAUGACCGUUCAUUACUUGAGCGUACGUUUCACUUUUUUCGACAUUUCAAUAGAUCACAAUUAGACAUGGGAAAUAUUCAAAAAAUAAGCCACUUCACAGAUCUGAUAAGAACUUUUCACUUGCAAGAUCCUCUGCCGUCUAGGAUUGAUGGUAAAAUAAUAAAACAUCUUCCUAGUGCCACUGAGUUAUCAGAAGCAGGAUUGAGGUUUAAGGUUCUUGAAAGUGAGUCUUGUUUACUAAAGUUAGACUUUUCCGGACGGGUUCUUGAAAUCCCGCAGUUGGUAGUGGAAGAUCCGACUGAAACUUUGUUUCGCAAUAUGGUGGCAUUGGAGCAGUGUCACUAUCAUUUCCAAUCUUACAUUACGGACUACGUUUGUUUUUUAGACUUCCUUGUAAACACCAACAGAGAUGUGGAUAUACUAGUUCAAGAGAGAGUCUUUAUUAAUUGGCUAGGGGACACUGAUUCUGUGGCUAUGAUGAUUAAUGGCCUUAUGAAAAAUAUUACGACAUCAAAUAAUAUCAGUUCUCAAUACUUUGAUGUCAGUGAAAAGUUGAAUGCUUUUCAUAAAAAUCCUUGUCGUAAGUUGAUAUCGGCUCUGAGACGAGAUUAUUGUAGAGGUCCUUGGCAAACUGCUGCUUCCAUUGCUGCAAUUAUUCUUCUCAUUCUCUCUUUUGUUCAAACAGUUUGUUCUAUCUUGCAAGUAAUAUAUUAAUAGAAUAUGUCUCCAGGCCCUCUCCCAAAGACCUGCAGGUGUUGAAACAGAUUAAUUUAUUAGUCCUUCCCGAAAUUACUAUGGGUAUGCAUCAAGUUAUUCAGUGUUGCCUCUUGAAGUCUGUGUCUAUGGUGCAAAAUAUGAUCUAAAGUAGCUUACCCUGCUUCAGAUUUGUGAGAUGAUGAUGUCCUGAUACAUACCUAGUUUAAUUUUAUAGCUAUUUCAUAUUUGUAUUGUGUUGCUUUAGAUAUUUGUGAGAUGAUGAUGUCCUGAUAUUUACCUAGUUUAAGUUUAUAGCUAUUUGAUAUUCGUGUUGUGUUGCUUUUGAUAUUUGUGAGAUGAUGAUGUCCUGAUGCAUAUAUACCUAGUCUGAUUAAAGUUUUCGAA